GGAGAAUAUAAAUCAGGUGGUCCAAUUAAUUAUCGUACAUGUAAAAGUCACAGACUGUAGGGAUGUUGUAACAUUUAUUUCAUAAUAAUCUCCCUAACUCUAACCAUAAAUAUAUUUAUUGUAUAUUGCCAUGAAUUCACACAAAAUUAAUUGCAUUAGUGCGCUAUUAAAAUAUUAAUCCUAACACUAAUCCUUUUUUAAGGAGUGAUAACAAAUGAGGUUAGCUGUAUGAGUUUUGGUGCCGCUCAUAUUUUUUCUGCAAAAAUUCAAAGCACAGUGAGCAAAAUUCAACAACUCUCUCCGCUUUAUACGUGGCGCUUCUUAUUCUUUCUCCCCUCUUUCCCCACCCUUUUUUUUCAUACACACACAUACACAUAGUUAUACGUAGAUAUUCACUUGUAUCUAUCUAUCUAUACUUUUUUUUUCUUCAAUUAUUUUGUACAUAUUGGAUUUAUACAACAGAUACACGCAGAGGUGAUUGGAACGUAGGAUUUUUGUGGAGAUUGAUUUCAGCUGGGGAUUCAAUCGCGUGCUGUAAACCUGUGCGUCGGAUUACUUGAAUCUGUGGCGAAAUCGUUUUUUUGAGAGAAUCUAGGAAAUUCCAUGUUUGCCUAUGAAGGAGUCCAAAUCAUGGAGGUGGCCGGUGAAGAAACAGAGUAUCUUGUUUGACACGAGAGCACUCGGAUCGAAGAUGAAACAGCUCCCAUUUAUGGUAGCUGUCUGUAUAAUAAUGUUGUUAAUAAUAUAUACAAGUACAAAGUAUCAGUAUCAACAAACAGAGAUGGAUUCAACAUUUUAUCCAUUCUACACAUUUAAGGAAUCAGGCGUGGAUUCAAAAAGUUUGGAUAGUUUGCCUCGUGGAAUCAUCGAAGCAAGGUCAGACCUGGAGUUGAAGCCUUUAUGGACAACAAGCAGUUCCAGAUCAAAGGUUAGUGAUCGGAGCUCUAGUAACUUGCUAGCAAUGCCUGUUGGAGUUAAACAAAAGCAGAAUGUUGAUACUAUUGUUCAAAAGUUUCUUUCAGAAAAUUUCACAAUUAUCUUGUUUCACUACGACGGUAACUUGGAUGGGUGGUGGGACCUGGAAUGGAGUAAGAAAGCUGUACAUAUAGCUGCUCACAACCAAACGAAAUGGUGGUUUGCAAAACGCUUUUUACAUCCAGCUAUUGUAUCUAUGUAUGAUUACAUAUUCCUGUGGGAUGAAGAUUUGGGGGUCGAGAAUUUCCAUCCUGGAAGGUAUCUGGAUAUUGUAAGAUCAGAAGGGUUUGAAAUAUCUCAGCCAGCUUUGGACCCAAAUUCAACUGGUAUACACCACAGGAUCACAGUAAGAAAUAGAAUGAAUAUAUUCCACAGAAGAGUCUACGAAGUCAGAGGUAGUAUUAAGUGCUCGGAUGAUAGCGAGGGGCCUCCAUGCAGUGGUUUUGUGGAAGGUAUGGCUCCUGUAUUUUCGAGAUCUGCAUGGCACUGUGCCUGGCACUUAAUACAGAAUGACCUUGUACAUGGAUGGGGAAUGGACAUGAAACUCGGCUAUUGUGCACAGGGGGAUCGUACAGAAAAGGUGGGAAUAGUUGAUAGUGAAUACAUAGUUCAUCAGAGUAUACAGACACUAGGUGGGGCAUCAGCAACAAAAGUCUCGAAUCAUGAAGAGACUGUUAAGAGGCAUGGUGUGGAUGUGAGAUCAGAGAUAAGAAGGCAAUCAUCAAUAGAACUUCAAAAAUUCAAGGAGCGAUGGGAGCAGGCUGUUAAGGAUGACGAAAACUGGGUUGAUCCGUUUUCAAAGGAUUAAUUAGCUUAUACUAGAGGUGUAUUUACACCCUUUUUUUGAAAUUUUUGCAGCUAUAACUACAAACUACUGAACAUGUCAUAUAGUCUUUCUUUGUACUAAUUUGGGACAAUCUUCAUUUUUUUAAUUUUAUUUUGGUUUGUGGGUUGUAAGUAGCGUAAAUCGGAGAUGGAUUUGUUAGGGUUUGCGGUAUCAGAGAGAGAGAGAGAGAGAGGGAGAUUGGAGAAAGAGAGGAAUUGUAUAUUGAACUGUAAAACUCAGAUUACACAAAUGUUUUUUGCUGCUUAACUAACCAACACGUUGAUCA